GGUAUUGGUUAAACUAUUACAACUUGUAUCCAGUUCGAUGACAAAAGUCACGUCCAGGUUUUGUAAUAUGGAUAACUUACCUAACAUAAGGAAGGCUAUGCCUGAACGGUUCCAGAUCCCAUGAAACUGUAACAAGUUCAAAGUUUUUUAAAGCAUGGCGAGCAAGCAGCCCGAUGAUAAAGGACCAAGGACCAAUACGAAUCAAGACAAGAAUCACAUUCCAAGGGGCACAUUGGAAAAUCCUAUGUCACCAUUUCAAAGGAGCAACAUAUCUAAAAACGGGCAAACAAGAGGUAGACAUAAUGAUGAGUUGGAGUAUGAUGCUGUUAUGGACUCGGGGCCAACAACACACUCUCAAGCAUAUGAGUUUCAGGAUCAAAUACCAAACCUUGUUGACGUGGUUGUCAUAUAUUCCAAUGAGGAUUUUGAUCUUGUGAAAACUAAAUUUGUUCCAUGGCUCACAGACUUGGCAAGGGAAGCUGAAGAUAUUCUUUCAGAUCCAACAAUACAUUUGUAUGAUGAUUAUGAUAUUUUCCCACAAGUUAAUGUCCACAGACAAACAGAGGAAGUGUCAGCAAAAUGUAUGAAGAUAUUGGUUUUUAUCACUGAUAAUUUAAUGAAGAAUGAAAAGCUGAAACAUCUGGUGGAAGAACUGAUCGAACUGACAAAGUUUAUGGAUAAAGAUGAAGCCAGAAAUCACAUUGCCAAAAUAUCUGGUUUAACCAGUAAUCAGAAAAUUGUAGAAUAUCUUUUUGAUUGUAUUCUACGUCAAAGGGGAAAUGCUAUUAUCCCUGUUCAAACAAAAGCUGAAAAGAUUGGAUUUACAGGACUUAGGUCAAUUCGCUCAAUCCAGUUUUAUGAUUUAACAGAGAAUCCUCGUUUUAAAGAAUAUGUAGCAACUGGUGUCAUCAAGGCAGCUAUAAAGGAGAGAAAAUUACAAAAGAAUGUUGUUGGUCAUAUGAAAAGGAGUCAAAAUCGAGAUAUUAAUGAUUGUCCGAACAAUUCUUCUAGAAAACAAGCACAUGCUACUACAGUGCAUAAGAACAGGAAUCAGAAUCAAGGUUCUGCUGCCAGGGUAAUUUCAAACUCGGCUUCUGAUAAUCCUGUUGAAAAUCAAUUAAAUAAUGAAGCAAUCCUCUCCACUGGGCCCUCCAAUGACCGUAUCACUGGACCCUCCACUGACCGUAUCACUGGGCCCUCCCCUGACCGUAUCACUGGGCCCUCCACUGACCGUACCUCUGGGCCAUCCACUGACCGUACCACUGGGCCCUCCACUGACCGUAUCACUGGGUCUUCCUCUGACCAUAUCACUGGAGCCUCCACAGACCGUAUCACUGGGUCUUCCUCUGACCAUAUCACUGGAGCCUCCACUGACCGUAUCACAGGGCCCUCUACUGACCAUUUUACCAGGCCCUCCACCAGUUCUGAUGUUCCUGCAAAUCAGACAAAUGGCAUCCAGUCUGAUGUGCCACAUCCAAGUGAAGUAUGGAAGAAGGAGACAGAAGAAGUGAAUACCGCUGUCAUCAGUGAAGAGAUUCCAGCUGAUGGUGCUACAGCUGCUUCAUCCAAUGAGAAUACCAUUCAUGAUGACAGUUUAGAGACAGACCGGGUCAAAUCUGCUAUGGACAAGAGUGAAGACGGGAAGAUAAUAUCCUCAAAAUUAAGUGAGUCCGAAGAAUCCAAGUCAGAAAAUGACUCAGCAGAGACUAGUCUUGACAACACAGGUUUAGUUAACGACUCAGGCGAUGCAGCAUUGAGGAGUACAGAUUUAGACCCUUCAAAGGAGGAGAGCAUGCUUAAUGUAGAUGCAGCAAAUGUAGUGAGAGAAUCUAGCAUAAAGAAAGUGAUGAUGAAGGAUACCACAGACAGCAAAAGGCUUCCUCAAAUGGUUGGGUCCUCUGCAACAGUGGAUUUUAGUGGACAGACAAGUUCAGCAAAGACAUGUCUGGGAUGUAUGGAGACAGGAAAUACAACUACAUCUGGUAGUACCCGAGGGUUAUGGUCAGAACAGGUGUCUGGCCCCAAGGAAUAUUCCCAACCAACAGAUCAGGGUUCUAAAGUUGUUCCAUCCAAUGAGAAUAUCAACCGAAAACCUCAUGUAGAAAUAGACGAGACAGAAUCUGCCAAGGAAAAUGAAGGCAUUAUGGCAAUCUCCUCAAAAUUAAUUGAGUCUGGAUAUGGCUCUCUGUAUGGACAGAAUCAGUUGUUGCAAGCUGAUGAACUCAAGCCAGAAAAGGAUUCAGGGGAGACUAGUCUUGACCACACAGGUCUAGUGAACGACUUUGGUGAUGCAUCAUUGCGGAGAACAAAUCAAGACCUUUCAAAUACAGCGAACAUGCUAAAUAUGGAAAAUGGUGGUGAAGAGACUCAUCAAACAGAUAAUGAACACCAUCCAUGCUUCUCACAGGGUCAGGUUCCACUCCCUAUAGAGGACCAAUCAUGGCAAGCAAAAGCUGAAGCUCAGUUAGAGCCAUCCCUAGAAUUAGAGAGUCUAUGUGCCAGUGGCAAUGAAAUAUUUUCCACGGAAAUUUAUAGAAGAACCUCUACACCUGCUCAAACAGUUGAAACACCGAACAAGGUAGUUAGCACUGAAACUGCUACUACUAUCGUACACAACGAAAGUCUUACAGAGGCAGUUUACAGUGUAACCUCUUCUUCUGCUGAAACAGGAACAGUAUACAAUGAAUACAGACAUGCAGAAUGGCAGAUCAGAGUUGGAGGACAAUGGUUGUCUGCUUUUGGACAGGAAACUUCUUUAUUUGUGUCAAAUUUCUUUCAAAACCGACAGUUUAACCUAAAUGUGCUUCGAGGUUCACUGAAGACAAACCCUGUAGGUAUGAUGAGCCUGUGUCCUGUAUUAUCACAAAUAGAAAGAAUAGAAGAUUAUAGCCAGGAUGGUGAUAUUGAUUAAUUCUUAAAAAACAAAUUAUUGACAUGCAGCUUUACAGUAGUUUCAAUUACCAAGAAUAAUGCCAUUAUAAGGACAGUGACUUACUAGGUAUACUGUUAAUCAAACAUUGCUAUGGAGAAUCAGGACGAGUAGUUAUGAUUUCACCAGUGUUUCCAAUCAUUGAUCAUUAUGUUGGGUUAAUCACUUAAACUGAUUAAUUAACACAGCAUCUAUUUAUCUAAUAGUGAUACAAUCAAAUACUUCUCAUCCUUUUGUUUCCUUAACUAUUGUUUUAUAUUCAUAUGAUAAUCGGUUUCUACAAAUCUAACACUGUGUACAACUGUACAAACGGUAUGCUGAUCACAAAAGUGUCCGCUUGAUAUGAAUAAUAGUACCUGGUGAUUAAGUCAGAAAAAUAAUUCUAUACAACCAUUCUUCACAAGGGAAAUUGCACUGAUUGUGGAACAAGCCAACCAGCCACAAAGUGUUUGGAGAAAUGUAUGAUGUGCCUUAUAACAAACAACUGAGUAGAUUUUGAUAUAUCCCAUGCUCAAUUCUUUUGUCUUUUUGAAGUUGUUUAACUAGAGAAUUUUUCCAUUUUCGUGGAAAAAACUUAUUGUGGUCGACAUGCUGUGACUUAUCUCCAGUCUCCCACAAUAUCUGUUGGUAAAUGGUGAAACGUAAUCAUCCAUUGUGAACAUCUCUUGGUGUUAUACCACUAAUACUAGUGUAUAAAAACAUAGGUAUUGGCAGAAAAGUGUAAAUGUUUGAUUACCAGUUGUGCAUUAAUUCAGGCUGUCAACAGAUUCCUACAUUCUAAUAUUUUCCUUUCAUUUGAAAGACCUCGUAUAUUUCCUACAUUUUCCUAUUUUUUGAAACAUAUUCCUAUAUUUUGUGGGAAAUUUGUCGCCGAUAAAUGUAGAUAUUGUAAAUAUUUCUUUGAUACUGCCUUUUUAUUUUACAAGUUAGAGAACUCUUAAGCAUCACCAGCCACCAGAAAAUGAUUCAGUGCAUCUCUUCAUCACCUGUAUGGGCACCUUACAAGGCAGUACAACAGGAUAUUGGCCUUUUAGGUGCCCAUUCAGAUGAUGAUGAUGAUGAUGAUGUUCGAUGUAGCAGCUCUCUGUCUGGAUUGUGAUGCUGUUGAAGUGAAUGGUUACUUUAAGGUAGUUUUUUAAUAAUUGAUUAAUAUACAAACAGUAAGUGAAUGUAAGAAUUGUUAGUAUACAUGCCUCUGAAGGAAACGAUUUUCAUUUGGAAAACUCCUAUUUUGCCUUCAAACUAGCGAAAAACUCCUAUAUUUGUUGAAAAAAUACCUAUUCCUUUAUUUCGCCUAUAUUUUUAGGAAGACUUGGUUGACAGCCUGUUAAUUGCACGAGAUGAAGAUAUUUUGAUUAAUGUAAUCAGAGUGUGCAAUUUUUUACUGAAGUUUUAAAAUUUCGUUAUACUGAAUUUGCUUUU